AUAAAUGCCUAGCUAUGACAUAUGCAUGGUUCUCUACACAACACACACCACCAUCCUAUUCCUGCCUCUCCUUUUCUCUUCUCUUCUCUCCACUGCCCAAGUUUUGCCAUAGACAAGAAAGAACCUCUAGGUAGCUUUCCUCCAGAGCAGCAAUGGCCAUGCACCAUCUCUCCCAGGGGCACCCGCAGGCCUGGCCAUGGGGGGUAGCCAUGUACACCAACCUACACUACCACCACCAGUACGAGAGGGAGCACCUGUUCGAGAAAACCUUGACGCCCAGCGAUGUAGGCAAGCUCAACAGGCUGGUGAUCCCCAAGCAGCACGCGGAGAGGUACUUCCCCCUCAACGGCGGCGACUCCCCCGGCGACAAGGACCUGCUCCUGUCUUUCGAGGAUGAGGCCAGCAAGCCGUGGCGGUUCCGGUACUCGUACUGGACGAGCAGCCAGAGCUACGUGCUCACCAAGGGCUGGAGCAGGUACGUCAAGGAGAAGCAGCUUGACGCCGGAGACAUCGUGCACUUCGAGAGGGUGCGCGGCCUUGGCACAGGCGACCGUCUCUUCAUCUGCUGCAGGCGCCGUGGCGAGAGCGCGCCGCCACCACCACUCCGCGUAUCUCCGCCUGCUCUGAACGCCGGGGAGCAGCAGCCUUGGAGCCCGAUGUGCUAUAGCACGUCAGGAUCAUACCCUACCAGCCCUGCCAACUCCCACGCCUAUCGCCGCUCCGUGGAGCAAGAUCACAGCGACAUGCUGCAUGCAGGUGACUCGCCGAGAGAGGCAAAUGCCAAGAGCAGUACGGCAUCGGGGCCGCCGUCGAGACGUCUCCGGCUGUUCGGAGUCAACCUCGACUGCGGUCCGGAGCCAGAGGCAGAGGCAGCAACGCCAAUGUACGACUACACCCACCAGAACCCCUACGCUGCAGUGGUCACGGUGCCAGCUUACUGGGCCAGUUCAUAAGAUGGUGAGGUCUGAAGCCAUGCUCGAGUAUCCUGACAACCAGCAGUGAAACUAGUUACUACUCCCACCAGACAGCCUACUAGGCUACUCUGGACCGAGUGACAGGCUUGAAUUGACCCUUGGAAGGAAAAGGAAGAGGAAGUGGAAGAUCCCUUGUUUCCCGGGCAAUCUUCCUUCCAUCCACAGAGUGCCCUUUUUUUCUAUGUUUUCUUUCUUCUGGUCUUCCAGAGACCCUACUCGAUCGCAUCGCAGUACGGGGCCCUUGGCAGGUGGCAGGUUUCAGGAAACAUCAGGUUGAAAAGGAGAGGGAGUAAGAGAGAUAGAAGGAUGGUGACACACAUGAAAAACAAAAGGACAUGCUUAGCAAGCAUGUGUGUAUGUAUGUGUCAUCUGUAUGUACUGGGUCCAAGAACAAACUAUGAAGUUGAUGUAUCCUCUCCAGCCUCCUCAAGAAACAAAGUCAUAUCCCCCAUGGGCCAUGGGCAUGGAGAUUUUGUUCUCUC